AUGGACAUUGCCGUGUUGAAAAAAUUGACCAGAUCCGGUUUUAUAUUACUUCAUAUUACCGUGUUGCUGAUCGUGAACGGCCAGGUGAAGAGCGCUGGUACGAGAUGGGCAAACGCCGACCUGGAAGCGGCAGACGAGGCGUCGGACGUACAGAUCUACAAAUCCGUUGUGCAGUCAAUGGAAGAAUGGAAACAGAGGAAGAACUCGUCGAAAAGGCAAAAAAGAGCAGAUACGAAUGCCUGCUAUCCGGAAGUGGGUUGCUUCGACACUUCCGGCCCUUACGGUUACAUCGGAAUGGUACCAAACCGUCCCGACGAGGUGAACACGAGAUUUUUGUUGUACAGUUCGAGGAGGAGUCGACGGGACACACCACUGUUGGACGUGGCGUUCACAAACAUGACGUCCAUCUGGCACUGGGCCGGAAAAGCUUUCAACGUGUCCGCACCCACCAAAGUCAUAGUCCACGGAUUCGGUAGCUCCUGUUCAAACGUGUGGGUGUAUGAAAUGAGAUCAGCUCUCAUGGACGUGGUCGACUGUAACGUUAUCUGCGUGGACUGGGAGGCCGGGGCCAUCAUACCCAACUACGUGCGAGCCGCGGCCAACACCCGGCUGGUCGGCAAACAGGUAGCCAUGCUGAUCUCCGGCCUGGCGACUAAGGCGAACCUCCCCAUAGAGAACGUGCACUUGAUCGGCUUCAGCCUUGGAGCGCACGCGGCCGGUUACGCCGGUGCCGAGCUGAAGAACCUGAGCAGGAUCACGGGCCUGGACCCGGCAGGACCGCUGUUCGAGAACCAGGACCCCAAGACCCGGUUGGACUCGACGGACGCCAAGUUCGUGGACGUGAUCCACUCCAACGGAGAGAACCUCAUACUGGGAGGCCUGGGCGCUUGGCAGCCCAUGGGCCACGUGGACUACUACCCGAACGGCGGCCGAAUGCAGAAGGGCUGCUCCAACCUGUUCGUGGGUGCGGUCACCGACAUCAUUUGGUCUGCUCCCGAAGUGUACGGCAGGAGCCUGUGCAAUCACCGGAGGGCUUACAAGUUCUUCACGGACAGCGUGUCGCCGAGCUGCGCUUUCCCGGCCGUGCCAUGCGAGUCGUACGAGAAGUUUCUGGAAGGCGAGUGCUUCCCGUGCAAGGACAAGUCCAAGUGCGGCAACAUGGGAUACCACUCCGACAAGUCUCCGGGCCGCGGCAAAAUGUACCUGCUGACGAGGGACGAGGAACCAUUUUGUGCGCACCAAUACAUAGUCAAAAUCCACAACUCUCCUAGUGCGUUGCCUGUGGUCAGCUACGGCAAAAUACAAGUCGUUCUGUUCGGUCAACUCGAUAUAAACGAAACGUUUACCAUCACGAACAAAGACGACGCGGCGCUUUCUGUGGGCGAGACGAUGAAAAAGAUCAUCGUGCCACAUCCCGCUCUGCAGGGCUUCAACAGGGUUCAGAUCACGUACACAGCUUACAAAGGAUGGCUGUCGAAUGGACUGUCCAAGUGGAGUAUCGAUAAGUUCAUACUGACCGACAGUUACGGCAAUAGCCAAUCCGUUUGCCAGAGGGGCCUGGUCAUGCAGUCAGAGGUGUCCGUCGUGUUGCCUCUAUACCCGGGCGAUUGCAACCUGCCUGAACUUAUGCUGCAGAUCAACGGCGGCGACAUCAGCGACAAGACUGACCUGCAGAUGCACAGCGGUCCACCGGAAGAGUACGGUCAGCAGCACAUCAACGACACUUCCGGCACGCACAUCUCGGGCGCCGGCGGUGACGUGGACCUGACUGCUCCCGGUGAUCUGGCCGCCGCCGCCGCCGGAUCGGCCGGACUGAGUGCUACGCUGGGCGUUGGCAUCAAGGAGUACAUGAACGUGCCGUGGAUGCCGCUUGUGGACAUCGAGGCGGGCCCGGCCGGCAACAGCCUGGACCCUUCGUCGGACAGGCGCGAACAGUCGGGCCGCGGGUUCUCGGCCAACGGGGCCGGUCGGACGGGCAACAGGACGGUCACCGGCGUCGUGCCGGCUGUCCGUCCCACCGCAGAGUCGGACGAUCAGUUCCCGUACGACGAGGUGGUGCAGGCGACGGUCAGCCGACCGGUCACCGGAAACGGGACGGCCGGAGAGAUCCGCGAACCCGUGCUGCGGCCCAAGAGCCGUUUCCGGAUGUACCGAAUGCCGGACGGAACCUCCGCCGCCGUCAGUGGCGUCGUUAACGGAACUACGUCGUCGUUACCGACGCAGCAGAACGCCGGUAACGCAUCGUCCGCGACCACGUCCGAGCGGUCAUUCAUCGUUCACCUGUUACCGCAAAAACUGAUGAACAUGAUAGAACAGGCCGAGAGGUACGCUCGGAUGGCGUUCUCGCCGUUCAUGUGGCCGACAAAGGAACGUGCGCAACGCGCUCUCAAAAACUUCCCAAGGUUUUUGUUCAACGACAACAAGACGUCCGAACAAGUCGUCAACGUUCAACUGGACGAGAGUCCCAAGAGGUACAUACCUCUGACUUUCGGAAACGACCAUCCGGACGAACAAGCACAACAGUCCAGCGGACGGGCGACGCUGAUCGAGGCGAGAAUCGUGCCGGCGAUGACCGACGACAGCCCGAUCGUCGAAGAAGACUUAGACUUAUCCAAAGAAGACAUUAGAUAA